AUGUAUGCGAUGUCUAUUAGUGGAGAGGGUGCUCAGUACUUGCGUGUUCCGCCCGACCCGGGCAUUCAGGCCAGUCCGGCUGCCGCUCUAGGUGCUAGUGCGUCUGCUGCUCCCUGUGCGCUCCAGGACGGAGGUGUUCACCAGUUCACCCCUGCCUACGAGCGCGUGACACACUGCACGUGUGCUCGGACGGGUCGCCACCUGGCUACCUUCACUCGGGAGCCGGGGUCGGACCUUUACACACUGACCACUGAGUCCCCUCAGGUAGCUGCGUCUGCGUCUGCGUCAGGUCAGCUGUCCGCCCCCUGCUCGUGUCGCUCUCUGGCGCAUGAGACUGUCCUUUGGCACCACCGCCUUGGUCACCCGUCUGUGCAGCGCCUUCGGGCUAUGCACAAACGGGACCUUGUUGCUGGUCUUCCCAGGGUGCUCCCUCCCCUUCCCGACUCGCCUGCUCCUCCCUGUAUUCCCUGUGUCGAGGGACGGCAGCGCGCCGCUCCUCACUCCUCCUCCUUUCCCCCGACGACUGCUCCCUUGCAGACGCUCCACAUGGACGUGUGGGGCCCAGCCCGCGUCCGUGGUCAGGGUCAGGAGAGGUACUUCCUGAUUGUUGUUGACGACUUCUCGCGCUACACCACGGUCUUCCCCUUGCGCGCCAAGGGUGACGUCCCUGAUGUCUUGAUCCCUUGGAUCCGCAGAUCUCGUCUCCAGCUCAGUGAGCGUUUCCGCUCUGACUUCCCUGUCCUGCGUCUGCACUCUGACAGAGGUGGGGAGUUCUCCUCUGGCCUAUUGGAGGCCUUCUGUCAGCAGGAGGGCAUUGAGCAGUCAUACACGCUUCCGGCCUCUCCACAGCAUAAUGGGGUUGCUGAGCGUCGCAUUGGUCUGGUCAUGGAGGUCGCUCGUACCUCCUUGAGCCAUGCGGCUGCCCCCCAUUUUCUGUGGCCGUUUGCAGUCCGAUACGCUGCGCAUCAGCUCAACCUCUGGCCCCGUGUCUCCUUGCCCGAGACUUCUCCGACAUUGCGUUGGACGGGAGAGGCUGGCGAUGCGUCGCGUUUUCGGGCUUUUGUCCACGACACGUCCGCGGACAAGCUCUCCCGUCGCGCUGUCCCCUGCGUCUUCCUUGGCUUUGUCCCGGACGCCCCUGGCUGGCAGUUCUACCACCCCACCUCGCGUCGUGUCCUGGCCUCUCAGGACGUCACUUUUGACGAGUCCGUCCCCUACUACCGCCUCUUCCCCUACCGCACUGCCCCGCUCCCCCCCCCGCCUCUCUUCCUCGCUCCAGGUGCUGAGGUACCAGACCCCCUCCCCCCUCAGGGUGCCGCUCCCUCAGGUGUGUCCCAGGUAGACCCGGGUGAGCCUGUCGAGGUAGCUGUUGACUCUCGUCCUGCUAGGGGUGCUGAGCCUGGGGGUGCUGCGUCUGGGGGUGCUGAGCCCGGGGGUGCUGCGUCUGGGGGUGCUGAGCCUGGGAGUGCUGAGUCUGGGGGUGCGGAGCCUGGGGGUGCUGAGCCAGGAGGUGCGGAGCCUGGAGGUGCUGAGCCUGGGGGUGCUGAGUCUGGGGGUGCUGAGUCUGGGGGUGCUGAGCCUGUGCGUGCUACACCUGGAGGAGCCCUCUCCUCCCAGCAGCUGCAGGAGAGGUACCUCGAGUACUGCCGCCUCCGGAGAGGUGCUGCUGGAGCUCGUCCCGGUACUUCCCCUCCUACCCAGGAGCUCCCCCCCAUUCAGCAGAUCCGCGAGUGGUACACACGGCGCUGCAGUCUUCGGAGUGGUGCUCCUGGUGCUGCGGACCCUGGGGGUGGAGCUGCUGCUGGUGCUGAGGACCCGGACGGUGGAGCUGCUGCUGGUGCUGAGGACCCGGCCGGUGGAGCUGCUGCUGGUACUGAGGACUCGGACGGUGGAGCUGCUGCUGGAGCUGAGGACCCGAGCGGUGGCGCUGCUGCUGCUACUGAGGACCCGGGCGUUGGAGCUACUACUGGUGCUGAGGACCCGGCCGGUGGAGCUGCUGCUGGUACUGAGGACUCGGACGGUGGAGCUGCUGCUGGAGCUGAGGACCCGAGCGGUGGCGCUGCUGCUGCUACUGAGGACCCGGGCGUUGGAGCUACUACUGGUACUGAGGACCCGGCCGGUGGAGCUGCUGCUGGUGCUGUGGACCCGGCCGCUGGAGUCUCCUCUGCUUCUGGAGACGCUGCGCGGCCGCGACCGUACUUCGUACCGCUCCUUCAUCAUGUUCUUGGGCAGGCUCCUCCUCCUUGUCCUCCUCCCUCUGUAGAGUGUCCUCUGCCUGUCCAGCCGCAGUCACAGUUCCCGCCUACCUCGCCUCUCCCUGCUCCCUCUCCGUACACUGGUCCCACAGGAGGUCUUACAGAGCGUCGUGAGCCUGAGUCUCGUCCUGCGUCGCCUGUUCGUCCUGCUCGCACUGGUAGUCGUGUCCGUCGUGAGCGUCCUCCUCCUGUCCCGGGCACUCACUACAUGACUCUGCGUCCCUCUACUGCUCCUCAGCGUGUCCCUCUGCCGUCUCCUCCUGCGUCUUCUUUGCCUCACGUUCCGGACCCUGAGUCUGACCGGUACCGUGCUGAGCACCCUACUGUCACGCGUCUCCUCGCUACUGUUGUCACUGACCCUACCUUUGAGUCCUCGACUGCGUCUGCUCUGGUCGCUGAGUUGGUUGACUUUGCUGCUGCCUAUUGUCUUGACUACGCUGCUAGCCUUGUUGCUGAGUCUGAGUCUGAGUCUGUCUGUCCUCCGUCCGUCGGGGGUGAGUGUGCUCUUGGCACGGACGUCCUUGAGGACAGACAGGAGGAGUUCCAGUGUCUUGCUGCUGCUUUGCCCCGUCUCGUGUCCUUGCUAGUUGCCCCUGAGGGAGACCCGGAUGCACCAGACAUCCCGACCCCGCGCACUUACGCUGAGGCGAUGGCGGGUCCCUACUCCUCUCAGUGGCAGACAGCCAUGGACGCCGAGAUGGCCUCCUGGAAGUCCACACGCACCUACGUCGACGAGGUUCCCCCUCCUGGGGCGAACAUCGUCAGUGGCAUUCAGCGAGAGGGAGUUGAUUUCUUCCAGACCUUCUCCCCCACCCCGAAGAUGACUACUCUUCGGGUGCUGCUGCACAUAGCCGCUCACCGCGACUACGAGCUUCACUCACUUGACUUCAGCACUGCUUUCUUGCAGGGCAGCCUGCACGAGGAGAUCUGGCUGCGCCGCCCACCUGGCUUCACUGGGUCGUUUCCUCCUGGUACUCAGUGGAGGCUUCAGCGGCCGGUCUACGGUCUCCGCCAGGCUCCGCGUGAGUGGCACGACACACUGAGGACUACACUUGCGGCUCUUGGGUUCGCGCCUUCUACAGCUGACCCGUCGCUGUUCCUGCGCACCGACACUUCGCUGCCGCCGUUCUACAUCCUCGUGUACGUCGACGACUUGGUCUUUGCCACUGCUGACACUGCAGGACUCGCCUACGUGAAGUCAGAGCUGCAGAGGAGACACACGUGCACAGACCUGGGUGAGCUGACAAGCUAUCUUGGCUUGCGGAUCACCCGGGACAGAGCACGGCGCACCAUCACCCUGACUCAGUCACACAUGGUGCAGCAGGUUCUCCAGCGCUUCGGCUUCACGUACUCCUCGCCUCAGUCCACUCCUCUGCCUACCGGUCACUCGCUCUCAGCUCUGCCUUCGGAUGAGUCCGUAGAGCCGAGUGGCCCGUAUCCAGAGCUUGUGGGCUGCCUCAUGUACCUAAUGACCUGCACUCGACCUGACCUUGCAUACCCUCUUAGCAUCCUUGCACGCUAUGUCGCUCCUGGCCGUCACAGGAAGGAGCACAUGGAUGCCGCUAAGAGGGUGUUGCGCUACUUGUGCAGUACGUCGGGCAUGGGGCUUGUGCUUGGAGGGCGAGACCGAGUUGUUCUCACAGGGCACUCAGACGCUUCUUGGGCAGACGACCAGGCCACUCAGCAGUCGUCUCAGGGUUACACCUUCAGCCUUGGCUCUGGCUCAGUUUCUUGGCGCUCUACACGCUCUUCUUCUGUUCUCGGCUCCAGUUGCGAGGCUGAGAUCUACGCUACAGCCAUGGCUGCCCAGGAGCUACGCUGGCUGACCUACCUGCUGACCGACCUCGGAGAGCCGCCUCGUUCUCCUCCAGUCCUGUACGUCGACAACAAGGCUGCCAUUGCCUUGUGUGAGGAGCACAGACUGGAGCACAGAACGAAGCACAUCGCCCUGCGGUACUUCCUUGCUCGUGAGCUGCAGCAGCGCGGUCAGCUUUGUAUUCGCUACGUGGCCACUGAGGCCAACACUGCUGAUGUGUUCACCAAGGCGCUUCAGCCUCGUGACCAUCAGCGCUUCUGCACUCUACUAGGCCUUGUGCCUACUGGACCUCACUUACUUACCUCUUGA